UCUCUAGGAUACACCGGGUCUAUAUAUAGUUUUUGAUGUGUAUAGUGAAUCCUCAUCCUUUCACAUAAAAAAAUGUUUAGACUUACUCUACUUCGACGAGCAGUUGUUUUGUGUCUCUUCUUUCAUGCAGUUCAAAUUAGAGGCAUUCGGUUGUCUUCUACUAUUCAUGAGGAACCUACUUCAUUGGCGCGAGCUUUGGCCUAUGGUCCAGUCAAACAAAAUUUGACAUAUUUGAAGUCAAAUUCCAUUGAGACAACAACUUCUGGACAAGAUUCAAGUUCAUGGGAUCAAACUUACUUUGCAGUACACCAAACAUCCUCUGGAGGUCCCACCGACAACUACUAUGGCUUACACGCCACCAUGGGCGUGUAUGGCCACAAACUUAAACCCGGGCAAUUGACUUCAACUUAUAUUACUGUUACCCAUAGCGGAGAUGGUGUUAAAUCAAGCUUUAAUGCAAUUCAAGUUGGCUGGCAUAUUUAUCCAGAAAACUACGGCGACUCACGUCCCCACUUCUAUACCUACUGGACGAGAGAUGGAUAUGAUGCAACCGGCUGCUUCAAUAUGAACUGCCCUGGUUUCAUACGGGCAAAUGGCGCCUUGGUAGCUCCGGGUGAUGUUAUAAAACCAAUUUCAGGUGUCCAUGAACCUGUACAAAAUGUCACACUCAAAGUGCUUAAGGUAGCAUUUGCAUGUUUCUUGUUAUUUAUUUGAGCAUCAUUUUCUCCAUCGAAUCGUAUCAUAAUUGA